AUGUCCCACCCUCCCACAUUACAACGGAAUCUAACUCUAACAGAAGAGUUAGAGAAGCUUGAACAGUCUAUUACUCUGACAUUGCAAGAAAUCGACUCCAAUUUCAAUAGAGCCCAUCGAAUCGUCACAUCUAGCAUUAUACCAAUUGUUGAACAGUACACGGAAAAUUCCAAGGAUUUCUGGAAACAAUUCUUUGAAGCAAGUGCCAACGUUUCAUUGUCUGGCUAUGAGGAACAACCACCGAACGAAGAAGGCCAAGAGACAACCAUUAAUGCCGACACAACUGCCACGGCUGAUUCGACAUAUCAAGAAGAGACUGGGUCAUAUGCCACGCCGUCUUCGGAGCAUAUAGUGAUAGAUCAUAAGAUUAAAAACGAGGAUGACCCCGACUUUUCGACCCUUUCGUUAUCACCGUCGCAUAGCCCUCCGCGUACCAGAAGUAUACCGCCCCUUGCUUUAGAUGACAAUGACACCACGUCACGCAUGGAGUACUCCUCAGCCUUUGACCAACAUGGAGAAGAAGAUUUACCUGCUGUUGAGUCGCCCCUCCAGCUCUGUGGCCCAGAACCAAGAACACCUGGGAAGGGCAAGCAGCCCGAAUAUAAUGAUAUUGCCACACCCAAUACUUCUUCAUCCACCGUAUUUAAUCCUAUAUCGAAAUUUAACCUGUCCACGGCUCUAAAGGGAGACAGGGCUGACCCUCUUAUGCACCGUGUUCUGGAUAAAACAUACCGGGUUCAGGCAACCCCACUCGCCAGUUCACGCAAGUCUACCAUCAAUAAGGGAACUAGUAAAUUUGGCACUACAACUCCCCCUACUUCACGGUAUAAACUAGAUGAGUCCCCUCUCUCGAGUCCAGAGCUAGAAGCCCCCAAAUUACAUACGGAGUUAUUCGAUUCCCCAAUGAUCCGUCGAAGCACUAUUAAACGCAACACAAGCAAGACUCGCACUCCUGCGGCUAGCAUAUUAGCUACGCCCUCAAAUAAGAAUAGGGGAGAUCCAAAACAGUGGGAUAGCGAUGAGGAAUUUAAUCAUGGUGGAUAUGCAGAUGACGGCGAUGAAGAUGAUACGGCGCCCGUUGACUUCAGUCCCCCGAAAACUAUGCAGUUCCAUGUACCGCAAAGCCGGCUGCUGAAAACUCCAGCAAAGGAAGCUUCUAAACGCAUUGUUUCGGAUUUACUUUACACUGCUGGUGGAUGUGAGCUGACUGAUGAUCUGGAUAACAUUUAUGAUAACCCAGACAACAGCCCAAGCAUCGUUCGCCGCUCUGGCCUAGAUGAUGAGACAUUCUGA